ACCAGAAGGCAGAAAAUAUUCAAUUUGAUGAGCCUUUGGUAACAGCUAUCCAGGAAGACAGGAAGUUGGAAGAUCAAAAGCAAAAGGAAUUUUUGAUUACUGAAAUGAACGAAGUUGGUAGUGGGAGAGUUCUACUUUUUCAGGCGCAGGACAGCCAAAGUCCCUUGAAGCCCACAGAUGGAAACCAUUAUAUUGUUGCUGGUACAUUCAACAAUACUCCUCAGGAGAUGGAAAGUAUAACCCCUGUGCAAGAAAGAACUAACAAAGAGUAUCUUUCAGAAGAAAUGACAAAUACUUUGAAAGGCAAAAAUCCAGAAAGCAAGAAUUUAGAAUCUGACUCCCUUGCUGAACUGGAAAUCAACAGAAUACCAAUAUAUGAGAAUUUGCCUGUAGGCAGCCACAGCCAAAAAGAAGCAGCCCAAUUAAGCAAUAAUACUUCAAAAAUACAACAGAAGAGACCUCUAUUAGACAGAAAAGCCACCCACAAAGGUGAUAUUAUUCAAGAAGAAGUAGGAAUUUCAAGCACAUACAAGCUUAUAGAAGGUUUAGAUAGUGAUGACUUCCCUGAAGGACAAGAAAAGAGGGAAGACAGUAGCUUGCCCAUGAUUCCAUCAGAUUAUAAUUUAUCAACUGCUAGAGAACAAAGUACGGACAAGCAGGAUCUCCGGGACAAUGUUAUAGAACAGGGUUGCUCUGAUAAUAUGCCACAAUCUAACAAUACAAACCAAAAUGCAAAACUCAGCCAUAACAGCCGAGGGUCUAAGAUAUUUAGAGAAGAAUGUCUUAGCAACUCAUGUCUCACAGAUACUGACUCAAAAGUAAUUACAUUUAUUUCUGAAUCCAAAGGGAUGGCACAGGUUACUAAGACUAGCCAGCCUAUCAAUGGAAACACUGAAAUCCCUUCAUUUUAUAGUAGGAACUCUUCUGUCAAGGUCCUGCUGGAAGGAACCCUUUAUACUGAAAAGGAUAGAGAAGAGGCAAGACAUGAUAGUGAGCCAUCUAAAGACAUCAGGGUGGUCUCAGACAAUUCAGCUUCUAUUGUAUUGACUCCUAAGGAUCUUAUACCUAAGACUGAACACAAAGAUACCAUAGUUCUAGCCCUGGAAAAAGAGAAUUUAUAUCCAAUUGUGGAACAGAAACAGGUAACUACCAGCACUGACCAAAAGGAAGUGAAUCAGCUUUCAGGGACAAGUGUCACAUCACCUUGGUUGAUAGAUUUGGUGGAUGAAAAUGAAUCUAACUUAAGUAUCAUCACUGGAAGAAGUGAGCAAAACCCUGGUCUCAAGGAAAGCAAUCUGUCAGUUAGUACUGCCUGUUUGUUCAUGGAAAAAGAGAUGACAGCUGAUCCUGUCAAAGAAACUGAGACCAAUGUGAGCAGUCGAAAAUCCCCUUCUGUGGAAAAGACAGGUUUGUCUGAAAGAAGAUCUAAUUCUGAAGAUCAUACUGAUUGGGGAGAAUCCUUAGCUCUGGAACUGGAUUUUUUGCCAGACAGCCAGAUACGUGACGCUCUUGAUGAUCCUAACUUUGGAUUUUCAUCUGACCAAAUAUCUCCUGUGGAAAGUCCGUUGGUUCCCUCCUUGCCUGGCAAAAAUCCCCACCUUGAUGAAGAACAAGUUCAAUCAAAGGCUCUAAUGGUCCGGAAAAGCACCUCUUCCUACAACAAGCUACAGCCCAGGGAUGAGAUGGCAGAAGGCAUCUGUGACCCCCCAAAAGAAGAUGCCACAGCUAUUAUCUGUGGCCUGACUGUUGAGCUUUCUAACCUCAACCGACUGAUCAUGAGCACUCACAGAGAUCUGGAAUCUUUCAGACGCCUAAAGCACCGAAAGGGAAAAGCAGCUGGGAAGCUGCCCAGCUACCAGUUUCCCUAUCCCCCAAAUGGAAUGACAUAUUGCUCCCAUGCUGUGAAGAAAUGGAAAGAGAAGUAUUAGAAGGCCUUGCAAAGUGGAGUGUUUAAAUUAGACCAUCUGAAGCAACUGUUUUCUCUCUCUCUCUCUGAAAUAUGUUUAAAAGGCCUCUUAACAGUCUUUGGUGAAAAAAAAAAAAAAAAAAAAGCAGUGGAGCCUGAGAAUAGUUUUCUGAGACCAUUCUCAAUUAUUAUUUUCCUCUCCAAGAUCUAAGUGAUAAAAUUGGUCUUUAGGGGUAUCAAAAUAUCUCUGGAUUACUCUCUUCAGUUACUAAGAGUGGGGCCUUAAUGCUUUCUUGAGAAACUAAAAGUUAUUGUUGCUAUACAAGAGGAAAACAAACUAAAAUUGUAAAGAGAGGAGAGAUUCUUGGCCUUAUCCAGGAGUUCUUCUCUAAAGCUUUUCUCAUUUAUAAAGGAAGUUUUGAUUGUAAUUUGUAGCUUGAGCCAAAUAACAUUAUUAGUUUCUGGAGCGAAAGCCCAGACCAUUCAAGUCCAAUUGAUGUCUCUUAAUGGGAAGGCUUGUUCUAUUUUUUUUGCAGAUGGAGGGAGUCCCAGUGGUCUUGGGAAUAAACCCAAAGGACCAGUGAGAAUACAAGAUGUUUAUUUUGAUUUGCAAAUUUCAGGUCAUUUGGUUGAAGUUAUCGAAGGUUCAGUAUUUGUGUCUUUCCUAGAAAAGGAAAAGGCACUCUUUGUUUGUUAGAUCUUUGCCCAUCCCUUGAUUUCCAUAUAGUUCUCCCUUAAAACAAUAUUAGUAAAUGAGAAUCUUUAAGUAAGCUAUGACUUAUAAUUCAAAUAUUUCUAUUUGUUAAUGAUGCAUUAUCUCACCUAAAUAAUGUUAUCUGUAUUCACCUCUGAAUUCUUCACCCUUCGGGGCAGGAUGUUUAAUUCAUUUCUUGUAUUAGCUACUCACAAAAUCCCCAGGAAAUUAAGAGAAGGAUGAAAAACUGAUGGGUCACAAAGAAAGAUUGGGAAUUUCCAUACAUCAUCUCACAAGUCACUUCAAUUUAUUAAAAAUCUACUGUAUGCAAAGCAGUGUACUCAAAUGUUGGGUAUACAAAAAGCUAU